CUUCCCUUCCCCUCUCUCUCUUUCUCGACACCCCCCCUCCCUAUGCCUUUUUGGACGCUUCCAUCUCGGCUCCUCGGCGAUUGAACCCAGUGCCGCCCCAGAGGCUGGGAGAGACCAUUUCGGCCGCAGGGGGGGAAGAGAUUGCGGUAGAAGGACUAAGCAGAAGACAAGCCCAGAUUCUACGAUCAGGCUCCCAGAGAAAGACAGAUCAACUGUGAGAGGGAAUCUCCCGGGACCAGUGUUGGCCAACUGUUGGCAGCAAGAGUGACAAUGGCAGCAGAACACCAAAACACUGCAGUGGCAGAUCUCCAGGGGGAUAAUGUGUCAGAGGAUGACGCGAAAGUAGGGGUGCAAGACCCUGAGGAACCUGAAGUGGAGAAAGAGGUGGUGGCCAAAGCCCUCCCGGUCAUCCAUUUUGGGAGGAUGAAGGAAUCCUGGGAAGUAGCAGAACCAGUAGCAGAAGUUGCUGAAGAAGGACCAGAAGACGAACCACCGGAGGGCUUUGAAGCUCAGGGGCCGGCCUUCCUGAAGCCUGAAGAAUCUCCUGAUUCUGACCAAGAAGAUAAGCAGCUGCUGAGAUCUGGAUCAAGGGAUGCUUCUCAUGGUGAUUCUUCUCCCUUUGAAGAAGCAUCGGAUGCAGAACUGGAGCCUAGGCAAGAGGGAGAAACCCAGCCACUGCCCCAAAUCGACAGAGAAACCCAGCACCCUGUCAGCAGCCUUUUGAUCAAAGAUGAGCCAGAGUUCAUGGAGGUGGUAGAGGAAGACGCUGUGGAAGAAGGGGGUGCCACCCUAGACAUCGAGCGUCAGUGUUUCCGGCAGUUCUGCUACCAGGAUGCCGAGGGGCCUCGAGAGGUUUGCGGGAUGCUCUGGAAGCUUUGUCGGCGGUGGCUGCAGCCAGAGAAGAAGUCGAAAGAGCAGAUCUUGGAGCUGGUGAUCCUGGAGCAGUUCCUGGCCAUCCUGCCCCGAGAGAUGCAGAGCUGGGUGAGGGAUGGCCGUCCAGAGACUUGCUUUCAGGCCAUUGGCCUGGCUGAGGCUUUCCUGGCGAAGCAGCAAGGGAGCAAGCCACGAGGCCGACAGGCUUUGUGGCCCUUCAGCGAAGCAACGGCUGAUUCGGCCAAGAAGGCUUCAUCAGAUUCCGCCACAUGGCCGCUGUUCAGAGAGAACAAGGAGGAUGAGGAGAGUUCCAGCGUCACUUUGUUGGCAGGUGAUGGGAGGCCGUUUUGCAAGGAGAAGAAUCUGCCAGUAAAUUCUAGCGGGAUUGAAAUCCUUUGGAUCAUGCCAGAAAAAGCAGAAGAGACAGUUUUCAAGAAUCCUGAUAAAUGCAGAGCAUCUGAGAACCAGCAGAAAGCUCAUCCAAGUAGCAAGGAAGUUGAAACCAUUCGUUUUCAUCCUGCCUCAGUAGAAAAUCCAUAUACAUGCUGGGACUGCGGGGAGAGCUUCACAGGGAUAGAGGUCCUGGUGGCCCAUCAGAGUACCCACACAGGAGUGAAACCUUUCAAUUGCUCAGAGUGUGGGAAAAGUUUCAUUCAGCGAUCCCUUCUGGUAGCCCAUGAAAAAACCCACAAUCAAGAGAAGCCCUUUCUUUGCCCUGAAUGCGGUCAGAGUUUCAGCAAGAAGGCUGGGCUCAUGUCUCACCAGAAGAUACACACAGGAGAGAAGCCCCAUCAAUGCCAAGAGUGUGGGCAAAGCUUCCUCCACAGGUAUGAUCUUAUUCGACAUCUGAGAAUCCACACAGGAGAGAAGCCACACGAGUGUCCUGACUGUGGGAAGGGCUUCCGGAGCAUGUCAGCUUUCCAUGUUCACCGUCGGAUCCACACAGAAGAGAAGCCAUACCCAUGCUCAGCCUGUGGGAAGACUUUCCGUCACCGCACAAACCUUAUUGUACAUGAGAGAAUCCAUACAGGUGAGAAGCCGUACAAGUGUGAGGACUGUAUCAAAAGUUUUGGUGAUGCAUCCUCCCUCAGGAAGCACCGAAGAUCCCACACGGGAGAGAGACCAUACGUUUGCCCCGAAUGUGGGAAGACUUUUUCACAGAACGCUGGUCUGGUUCAGCAUGAAAAGAUCCACACAGGAGAGAAACCCUUCCAAUGUGCCUUCUGUCCGAAAAGUUUCCGGGACAAAUCAGGAAUCGUUGCACACCAGAGAACCCAUACGAAGGAGACACCAUAUCAGUGCACAGUCUGUAGCAAAAGCUUUGGCCAUCGCUCCAACCUCAUUAAGCAUGAAAGAAUUCACUCUGCACCAAAAAAGUUUAAGCGCUCCUAAUGUGGCAUUGCUCAGAAACCUAAUCACUUUGUGCACAGGAACAAAAGAGCAAAUGGGUCAUGCUUCUAAACUGGUUUAACAGAACCCUGCAGUUCUGUUUUCUGACCAAUGAAGAAAACUAUGUGGUAUCAUUACUUCUGAUAAGUUCCACAGUGGUUAGACAACAUUCAUAAUGGGCUGAAAUGAAACUGUAAAUACUAAUAUGUAAUUCUCUUACAAGAUAUAUUGCUCAUAUGAAGAUUAACAUGACAAGGCAUCUCGUUACACCAUUUAUUCCCUCCCUCCAUCUUUCAUUGUUUCAUUAAUAUUUGUUAUGUUUUUAGUGAAUACUUAGUGGGUAACAUCAUUAAUGGUUGAAUGCAAACCAUUUGAUGGGAAUUUGUUAAUGUGUAUGACUCAUUGAAACUGACUCUGUGAUGAUGUUUAAUGUUGAAGAUUAUUGUGUGGAUUGGACUUGCUGGCCCUUGAGGUCUCUUCCAACUCUAUGAUUCUAUGAUUCUUCUUCCUGCCCCGUGUUAUGGUAAGACGGCUGCCAUCUUGGAUCCAUGAGAAUGCAGUGCACAAUGUUUACAUUGUCUGUGUUAGUGGUACUCAAACUUUUUACCAUUGGGACCUCUUUUUACAUCUACAUGCGGAUGUCACUGCCCCCCGCACCUGACCUAGUGUGAGAAUAAAAAUAUUUUGUUUAUUUAGUGUGCAUAUUUUCGUUCGCACAUUCAUGUAUGUUCGUAUUUUAACGUUUUGUAAGAAAAUAAUGUUAGAAUAGUUUUAUUUAAGUAAAUUCAAUAUUUAACUCAAUACAUGUCUAAAUUUUACACAUAAAAAUUUGGCAUUCCCCUUGAGCAACUCAUGCACACUGGGAGCCUUGCCCCAAUGUUUGAGAACCACUAGCCUAUGGGAUUCAAGCUGCCUUGAAUCCCAUUUUGGGAGAAAAACGAGAUAUAAAUCCCAUAAAUAAAUAAAUGAGGCCAGUUUUAAGAUGGGGGCCACAUUCUUAUGGAAUGGAGCCAAGUGACUGAGAGGCUAUGCAGACUGCCCCUAAGGGGCAGACUGCAGUCGCCUCCAGCUGCGCCGGAUCCGGGCCAUAGCAACUGCAUGCUGCGGCCCCAAUCUGGACUUUCCAGGGCGCAAAAAAGAGCUGCAAAAAGCAGCAAGGUUUUAAGGCACUGUGUCGCCGUGAUGCCAUGUGGGGCAGUGCACAUUCUCAUGCCGGCCUGGGGGCAGAAUCGGGGCAUGCGUCAUGUGGAUGCCAUGCCCCGACAUGCCCUCAGGCUGGCCCUUCUGGCUGGUAUGCACAGCCCCUUCUAGAAUGCAACUGCUGCAAGCUGUUCAGGCCCAUGUGGUGGAAUGGGGGCAUUUGGUGUGACACCAUGUGUGAUCCCUUGUGGUACCAAGGCCGUGGUGCCAAGGGGGCACUGGGUGGGGAGAGCCCACCAAAGUCUAGUGUUAGCCCUAUCUCCUCCAUAACCUCUUGCCUUGGUGUGUUUUAGUAGUCACCUGCUGACACAAGAUGUUACCCCACACCCCCUUACCAGCUCUUCUAGUGAGAUGGCCUUCAACUGGUGUUCUCACCAUCCCCUCACCUUUCCUCCAAGAUAAUGUGUGUAUUUUUUUAUACCUACCUAUUUUGCCUUCAGCUUGCUGUUCUUUGAGAUCUCUGCUUUAGGAUGUACCCUAAGGAACUUUCCUUAUAGUGACUUAGAGUAGGCUAUGUAAAAGCGACUUUGUUGAAUUCUUUUAUAUUGUACCCUUGCUUUAUUCCUCUUCCCUCUGUUUAAUAAAGUCUUUCUUAAUUGGAUAUUGGAGUCAACUGCCUAAAGAUGUCCUCUUCCAUUUGUUCAUGUUCUCAAACUUCACACACUUUAUUAAGAUCACUUACACCAAAUCGGUUGUCAGGAAAUCUCAGGGCAGAGUGCCAAACAAUAACAGCAUAAAACAAUUAUAAAACAUUUUAACAGAACAUGACAAAUUUAAACAGAAUACAGCUGGUUCUCUAUGUUUGUGUCUGACUUUUGCAGAUUUGAUUAAUAUGUUCUCUCUAGGAAUCUAUAGGUCCUUCAGCACAAUUCUGCCAGAGGUUGACCAUAGAGUUGUGCUGGAAAACCUAGACG